GUGAAAAAAUCCGCAAUUCGCUAGCUUCAUUGCUUCCCAUCCCAGACAUGUAGGCUGUAGCUUUUCAAAAAGAACAGAAACAAAAUUAUCUGUUUAGCCGCGAAGUUAAACCGAAAAUGGUAAUCUGGAAACGAAGCAGCGUGCGGAUCUGAAGCCAGUCGCGGCAGUUUGCGGGGAAGUAGUAGUAGUAUAGUCGUAGGGAAGAAGCCAGGAUGAGCGGUGCGCGGCUUUGCGCACUGCUGGGAGACUUGGGGUAUGAAGGCCAUGAUUCGCUCGAUCCCGACAGCUUUGAAUGGCCUUUCCAAUACGAAGACACUCGCCCCAUCCUCGAUUGGCUCUGCUCUAGCCUUCGCCCGUCCAACGUACUUUUUCCCGCCGAAGUUUCCCAAUAUGAACAGUUUUUACAAGAAGGGAAGCUUUUGGAGGGGGAGGACUUGGACUUUGCUUAUGAUAGCAUUUCGGCCUUCUCAACUAGGAGAGACAACCAAGAAGCUGUUUUCGGAAAUGAAGAAGGAUUGAAAGACAUAAGGGAAGCUACCAUAGCCUUAAAGUCUGAAGCUCUGGAGUUGCAAAAACAGCUUAGGUCUUUGCAGUCUCAGUAUGAUAUUCUCACAGGGCAGGCUUCAUCCUUAAUUCAAGGAAGAAGGGCAAGAGUUGCUGCUUCAUCUGUUGUUAAUGGACAGUUGACUGCUAUUGAUGAUAGUCUAUCAGCACGGAAUCUGGAGAUGAAUGCAGUUCUCGGAAGGAUGGCUUCUACAGCUCAAGAAUUGGCACAUUAUCACUCAGGGGAUGAGGAUGGUAUUUACUUGGCUUAUUCAGAUUUUCAUCAAUUUUUGUUUGUGGAUGCUUCAUGCAUAAAGGAGCUAAAUCAAUGGUUUGCCAAGCAUCUGGACACGGGUCCUUACAGAUUAGUUGCUGAAGAGGGAAAGUCUAAAUGUUCGUGGGUCAGCCUAAAUGACAUCUCAAAUGUUUUACAACUAGAUUUAGAAAAGUCACACCAUCAGCGGGUCUCAGAGUUGCAGCGCCUUCGCUCAAUAUUUGGUACAAGCGAGAGGCAGUGGAUAGAAGCUCAAGUUGAGAAUGCUAAGCAACAGGCUAUUCUUACUACGCUGAAAGCUCAAGUUACAUCAGAUGAAGCUCACAUUCAUCUUGAUCUUCAUUCCCUUCGGAGAAAGCAUGCUGAACUAGUUGGAGAACUUUCAAGCUUAUACCGCAAUGAAGAAAAGCUACUGUCUGAGACAAUUCCUGAUCUAUGUUGUGAGCUUGCUCAGCUACAAGAUACAUACAUUUUGCAAGGAGAUUAUGAUCUAAAGGUCAUGCGGCAGGAAUUGUAUAUUAAUCGGCAAAAGAUGUUUAUUAGCCAUCUAGUUAAGCUACUUUCUAGGCAUCAGUUGUUGAAAAUGGCAUGUCAACUGGAGAAGAAGACUAUGAUUGGGGCAUACUCAUUGCUUAAAGUCAUUGAGUCAGAGCUGCAUGGAUAUCUAUCAGCAACCCAUGGCCGGGUGGAGCGGUGUAUGGCAUUAAUUCAAGCUGCAUCUGACGUUCAAGAACAAGGGGGUGUGGAUGAUCGUGACACUUUUCUUCAUGGUGUCAGGGACCUUUUAAGCAUUUAUUCAAAUGCUCAAGCUGGUUUAUCAACAUAUGUAUCUGCACCCGGCAUUAUUCAGCAGAUAUCCGCCCUUCGUUCUGACCUAUUAACUUUGCAGUAUGACCUUGAGCAUAACCUUCCCGAAGACAGAUAUAAAUGUAUAAGCAAGAUGUGCACUCUUGUCCAAAGUUUGCAGCAACUAUUAUUUGCAUCAUCAACAACAGCUCAGCCGAUAUUGACCCCUAGGACAUUAAUGAAGGAGCUUGAUGAAAUGGAGAAGGCCAAUGCAAAGCUCUCAACUGCAGUUGAGAAAGUGACUCACGAGCACUGGAAGAAGAAUGAGAUUAUUAAACAUCACAAAGAGGAGGUGACACUUCAGAGACGCAUUUUUGUCGAUUUCUUCUGCAAUCCUGAACGGUUGCGGAACCAAGUCAGGGAGCUCACUGCCCGUGUUAGGGCUUUGCAAGCAUCAUCAUAGAGGCUCUUGAUUUGAAUACAUUGUAUAUGGUGAACAAUGUUUAAUACUUGUAUUACCCUCAUGGGCUGUUUGGUUCACGGAAUGAAAGGUAUUAUGAGAUCAUGAGCUUACCACCCCUUUAGAGGUUAUAGGAAUGCAAUAUUUCCUUAGUUAUAUUGUUGGGGAUAAAGUUGGAAGAGUCCAAAACAUGACUACGUGUUUAGCUCAUCUUCUAACAAGUUCCAAUAGAAAAAUAAGUCCAAGACAGCUAAUUGGUAUAUCACCUAUGUUACCUCAAUUUCUUACAGGGGGUGAUUUCAC